AUGAGUGCAGACUGCAAAGAAGCGUUUGAUAAGCUGAAGACCACUUUGACCCAAGCCCCCAUUGUGAGAGGGCCUGACUGGAGUCAACCAUUUGAGAUAAUGUGCGACGCCUCCAACUAUGCAGUAGGAGUGGCGCUGGCUCAACGCGAAGCAACCGCCUACCAUCCACAGUCCAAUGGACAAGCAGAGGUGUCUAACAGAGAGAUAAAGUGUAUCUUGGAAAAGGUCGUCAAGCCUCAUAGAAAGGACUGGAGUUUCAGACUUGUAGAUGCGCUUUGGGCUUAUAGGACAGCAUACAAGACACCGAUCGGAAUGAGUCCCUUCCGCUUAGUUUACGGAAAGGCCUGUCACCUUCUAGUGGAGAUAGAACAUAAAGCCUUCUGGGCGGUACGGGAAUGUAACAUGGGAUUAGAGAUAGCCGGAGCGGAGAGAAAGCUGCAACUACAGGAAUUAGAAAGCCUUUGCCUGGAAGCAUAUGAGAACUCCAAGCUAUACAAGGAUGGGGUGAAGGUUGUGCAUGACAAGAACAUCAAUCGCAGAUACUUCAGACCUGGUGAGUUAGUUCUCCUUUACAACUCAAGGUUGAGACUUAUGCUAGGCAAGCUGAGAUCUAGGUGGGAAGGCCCCUAUAGGGUGGAAAAGGCUGAACCAUAUGACGUCUUUUACCUACGCCAUCCCUCAAGCCCCAAGAUCCUCAAAGUUAAUGGUCACCGCCUGAAGUUGUACCAUGGUGAGAAGAUGCACAACAAGAAGGAACUGGAAAUCUUCCUCCUGGAAGAUCCACCAUCAGCAGACGACUGA